GAUUGGUCGAGCGUCGUGAAAUCCGACUUGAGCGUUGACGGUCUGUCACAUUUCACACUGGGCUCAUACGCUCACAUUCACAGGGCUCACAAUAAUAUCGACAGAUAGGAGCGCGUUGAAGCCCCUUAAAGCUGCUACUGUGGGAGGAAACGAGAGAAAAAGCUCAGAAAAAAAGAAGUAGAGGAAAUCCCCCGAAAGGAAAUGCCAAUCGCAACCGCUGGACAGCCAGCGACUCAGGAGCCCAGAGUUUGCCCCCGGCUGCCCUCCACCCCGGAGCCUGUCCCUAAAGGGGCUGAUUUAUUCGAAGAGGCGGGGGCGGCGGAGUCGGCGGAGCGUACAGAGUACGGGGCCGCCGAGGGGGGCAGAGCGGGGUUCGGGGGCUUCAGUUUCAGCCACAGCGGCGCUCGGAGCUUUGCACAGCCCGGUUCGACCAGCGGCUCUCCGCCGCAGUCCCCGACCGCCGCCUCCUCCUCGUUCCUCCUCCACCUCUCUCACUCCCACCAAAUGACUAUGGAACCCCCUCGGACUCGAUCGCGUUCUCGGUCUGGAUACUACCAGCAGUACGGGGUUGGGAGUAACAACACCGGAGUUGCGGUGUCCAGCCACCACCAACACCUCCUCCACCACCAGCAGCAGCAGCAGCAGCAGCAGCACGGAGCCGGCUGCGCACCGCUCGGAGCUCACAGCAAUCACUCGGAGAACCAGCAGCGAGCACCGGGAAGCAACGCCCCUCCCGGCAUUCACCGGCUCCCCUCAGUGCCCGGGGCGCACCACAUCCCGAUGACAGGGGCUUCUGGUGGAGCAUAUCACUGCCACCCUGACCAUGCAUAUGGAGAGGAGAGGGAUAAGAGUGAGGAAAGCCCCAGUCCGAAGCGCCAGAGGCUGUCCAGUCAGUCCGUUUUAGAGCAGCUGACCUCAUCUGCACCCUUGCCAUCUACGCCGUCGCCCCCCAUCCGCCCAUGGGAGUCAGGACCUCCGAGUCGGCGGCAACCUCACCCUCACACACACUACCACCAGGAGAGGUGCCUCACUCCUCCACGACUCAGACGGAGUCCGCCCGCGAGGCGCCAACGCGGCCGUCUCUCCAGGCCGUCCCGCCACCCGCCUCUUCAUCACCAUCCCUCCGCUCAAGGACCUACACCUCGCCCGUCACCGUCUGAGCGUCAGGACGAAAACUACCGCCACAACCCCCUCCCCUCGGCACAUCAGACGUACCCAGCACACACUCCAAGCACUUAUCCUCAGCCCCCCACAGCCGGCGGAGGAGGCCGAGGUUCUGAGGAGCCCCGAGCCUUCCACCCCCCCACAUUAUCGUCGCAACUGUUGCACCCGGCUGCCCAUCAUCACCCCCAUCAUCACCAUCCUCACCACCAGCAACAACAUCAUGCAACACAACAGCAGCAAGGAGCCAUGGUGUUGGACUUGCACGAUCGGCUGCAGCAGGGCAACAUACCCGUCUCCUACACAGUGACCCCUGUCCCUCCACACGGCCUGGCAGCGCCUCUGUGUAGCGGUCAGCACAUUCCCCCCUCCUGCUCCUCUCAGCAGCAGGUUCCCACCUGUAGUGUGGUCUUCAGCGCUGGACAACACUACCAUCCGAUGUUACAGGCAUGUUCAAUGCAUCAUUUGCCGGUUUCCUAUGCGUUUCCCUCACUACUGUCUAGUGACCCUCAGUUCCUGAUUUCUCCUCCACCUCAUCUCUCCCACCAUCCGCCCCACCUGCCCACACAGUUCCUGCCUUUUCAGACUCAACAGCCAAGAUCGCCCUUACAGAGGAUUGAAAACGAGGUUGAUAUAGUGGGAGAGCAGCUCCCUGUUGGAGGAAGCUUCAGCUACGCCCACCAUCACCACCACCACCACCACCAGCCUCCCUCCGCCCUGCCGCCUUCCACUCCGCUCCAGUUCCUUUCACACCAUGACCCCCUGUCCCAAGAUCUUUUUACACUGCCAUAUCCCCACUUUAUGCCUCGGCGAUUCGCCAGUCGCCGUUACCGCUCGCAGCAGGCCGUGCCCCCAUCUCCCUACCAUCCCAGCUUCCUGCCUUACUUCUUGUCAAUGCUUCCUGUUCCCCCGAAUGUGGCUCCUGCCAUCAGCCUAGAGCUGGAUGUGGAUGAUGGAGAGGUGGAAAACUAUGAGGCCCUGUUGAACCUCGCCGAGCGUCUGGGGGAAGCCAAACCCAGGGGUCUAACCAAGGCAGAUAUAGAACAGCUUCCAUCAUACAGGUUUAACCCCAACAACCAUCAGUCGGAGCAGACACUAUGUGUCGUUUGUAUGUGUGACUUCGAGUCCCGCCAGCUUCUCAGAGUUCUCCCCUGUAAUCACGAGUUCCACGCCAAAUGUGUUGACAAAUGGCUUAAGGCUAACCGCACCUGCCCCAUCUGUCGAGCCGAUGCCUCUGAGGUCCAGCGGGACUCUGAGUGACCUCAGACAACCACAAUCCCCAAACCCUGUUUUGGAUGCGUAAACCAUAAAAAGUGAACCGACUCAUUCUGUCAAACGACUGGGACCACUGCACAUGAAACAGCAUUUAGGUGUCAAAACCUGCUGCUUAAUCUUGCUUACUUUAUACUUGGACUUCUGAAGCCUUCUGUUUUGUUUAACUCAUCUUCUAGUCUGCCAUCUUCUGACGGUUGCUGUGAAUUACCUUCUUAACACACCCAGCUGCAAAUCCAUUUUUAAUGUCAUCAUGAAUACUUUUCCAUUUCUCAACACAGGACCUACGUGUAAUUGUUUUCAAGGAUGUCUUUGUUAAAAGUUGGUUUUCUAAUGAUUAUGACAAACAUUUUUGCUAUUUUAAUCCAGCCUUUGUAUUUUGUUGUGAAAAAAACUCUGCUCUUUGUAAGGGAGUUGAAUUGAACGCAAGAGAUUUAUUUCUUACUAUCCUUGUUUUCCUGACGGUUAAAGCAGCCUGUUUGGAGGGAAACAAAGAUUAAUUUCACUGUGUGGAAUGACAAUAAAAUACUUUGCACAGACACUAUGUUCUUUCUGUGCAAGUCAUUGUGGUUUUGUUGACGAAAAGUUCCUUAUUAGAACAAUUCAUAAUUCAAAUUCAAAAAUACUUUAUUGAUCCCAAAGGGAAACUAAAUAAACCACACUUGCAGAAUUUGUUUUCCCCUCUCAGAUUGAUUUGAACUUAAAGGAAGUCGAGAAUACUUUGGAAAAUUUUAGGGAAAUUUCUAAAGUGAGGUUUAUAUCCUCUGGGAAGUAGAGUUUUCUUGUUUUGUAAAAUCAUAAACUUUAACCACACAUUGACGUUGCAUCUGAUAGUAAAAUAUGGAUUCAGUCUUGUGUGUGAACAAAUCUUCAGAAAUAUUUAAAUGCAGUUGAAUUUUAAAUCAAGCUUUCUUUUCUGCAAAAAUUUUAAUUUAUUCUCCGUACGGUUGGAACGAGUCAUUUAAGUACUUUAUUGUGUCUGCUGGUUACCUUCUGUGCAGGCAGCGAUCCAGUUCAUUUUUUCAUCGUCUACCAGGAACAACUUUGACACUCUUUUCAGGUUUUAAGUGGCUCCACUUUGUUUCACUGGCAGAUCUAAGGCUUCAGCACUUUACAGCGAUUGAAUUCCUGCGUUGCUUUCUUUGCGUUCUGAACGAACCAGUUUUGAGUUCAAUCAAAACUGGUUUUCACUUUCUCUUGAGACACCUGCUUAUUUCUGAGUCUUUUUGGUUUAUGUAGUGACAUGUUCUGCUUGAGAUGCAGGCAAAUGGGGUUUUAAAUCUGAAUCUGUCUGAAAGAGAGGAAGUAAAAGAUCACGCUGCGUCCUUUUGUUGGUAUUGAUAACAAUUCAGAAUAACUCUCAGCAGCAAAAGGAAAAAGAAGUAUUUAACUACAAAGCAGUAGAUUGUUCAGAUAAUUGCUUUCUAUGCACAUCAUCUCACCUGUGGAGGUUAGAUUUAGGAGCAAAAACUGCAGAUUUUUUCAUCCCACCCUUCAUUGGAACAUUUUGGGGAUAAUCUACUUGUUUGCUGUUGGCCUUAUGUUGGUUCAUCAUAAUAAUAUAAAAAGAUGUUCCAUUCAAACUACUACUGUUAGGUUGUAUUCGCUGCCUGUUUCAUCUUAAUGCACAAUAUUUUCCGGAGACACCGCAUGAAGUGCUCUGAAAAGUUCAUUGCGCCAUCUUUAGAGGCUUGCAUCCGAAAUGCCUUUUCUACCAAUGCGUCUUCUCCAGGUCCAACUCGCAUCAUCGGACAACCGACGCAUUCGAACCAGAUGUUUUUUUUUUUGUUUUUUUUUCUUUCCAUCAUGUGCAAACUACAGUAAUGUCGAAAUCUGUUAUUUAUGUACGCUCUUCCUCUGCAUCGUCCAUUUAGAAAAAUCGUUGGAAUCAGUAUGGACUGCAUCGUUUCUAGAUGUCGUAUGUGUGAUUUUAUGCAUCCUUUUUAUUUUUGUCGUACGAUUGCAUUGUUUUGUUUUCUGGUACACUAGCAAUUACCUCAGUUCCACUGUUUUUAUCUACUAGAAAAUGGCGCAAACGGUAUGAUUCGUUCUUUCAUUCUGAUCCCUGGGUUGUUUGAGAAGUUUUCCUUCAAACUCUGAAACUGUAUUAUUCAAAUGGUGUUAUAUUAGUUUUGUUAUGUAUUAUAUCUGUAACCAAAACCAUUUGAAGGCUUGUGAUGAUGAUGAUGAUGAAAUUUUUAACAAACAUUUGUACAUUUUGUAUGAGAGUUACUUAUGGUAAUACUUUAUUAAGUAGUGCAAUGAUUUUUUUUAAACCCUUACUCCACCAACCCCCAUCUUUUGAAUUUCAAAAGCUGGCCCAAUAAUAAAUGUAUAACAUCCUCUUCUAA